AUGCAGACGAACACUGAGGCCUCACUGACCACACUCAAGCCGGAGCUUUACGUGGCCUCGAACCGCUGGCAAUGGCGGCAGAACCUCUUAGCGCUGGAGCGCUUCCAGAAGUCCUUCAAACGGGACGCCCAGGGAGAAGAACAGUAUCUCGAUCUGGGGUGUGGCACGGGCGACUUUACGCGCGAGUGCCUGCUUCCCCGCUGUCUUCCGUGUCGAAGGAUCGUCGCCGUCGAUGUCUCCAAGGACAUGGUCGAGUACGCGAGGAGUCACUUCGCCCAUCCCAAGAUUGCCUACGACGUCCUCGGCGCCGCCGAAGACGACGUGUCCGGCUUUGUGGCUCGCUACGGUCGCUUCGAUCACGUCUUCUCUUUCUUCUGUCUGAACUGGGUAAAGGACCAAGCGAAGGCGCUCAAGAACAUCGCGCUGCUGAUGAAACCUGGCGGCAGUUGUCUGCUCCUCUUCGUCGCGACCACGCCUCUGAUGCGAUGUCGCCAGGAGCUGGCUUUGAAGACGUGUUGGUCGAAGUACGCGCAGAUCUGCCAAGACUUCGUUCCUCCGAGCCACGACCUGAAAGGUACUGAAGCCCUGGAAUCGUACAUGAAGGAUCUGCUGAUGACGGCUAAUCUUACGCCGUCGGCGUGCGACGUGGUUCACGUGGAGUUUGACUUCCCAGAUCUCGAAAGCCUCACCCGGUCUCACCUGGCCAUGAGCCCAAUGACGACGUUGGUGACGGAGGCAGAGAGGCCCCUGUUUCUUGAAGACAUGAAAGAGCAGACGAGAAAACUUUGGGCCAUCAAGGAAGCGGGCGGCUCUCCGUUCGAGUUCGAUAUUUUCGUGGUUUUCGCUUCCUCGAAGGAUCUGUCAUAA